AUGUCCACCCAUGAAGCGAUUUUCUUCAAAACCAAACCGAAGACAGCGGCACCGACGAAACUAGGCGGCGUUGAUCUCAAACGACUCCGUGUCGACGCCGAACGAGCGCUCGCUCGCGCGGAGGCUAAAACUCUGGAUGCGCUGCUGCAAAAAUCAUCAACGCUGGAGUGCGUCAAGAUGACCAAUAAAGCGAUCGUAUACCUCAUCGAUGGUGUUCCGAUGUUUUUCGACGCCACGGGACGGGGCGACGGGGUGUACCCAUCGGUGUAUGCACUGUGGCGGCUCGGCUCGGCGAGCGGAUUGCGGCGAGCGCGGACGCACAGCGCCGUGUCGCCGAAAAUUCUGAACGGCGCGAGUUUGAUGCUUCCGGGAUUGGUGAUCGACACCGCGUUCGAGGAGUGGGAAUCGAACGAAAUAGUGGAGAUUGGAAUAGUGGACGGGAGCGAUGCGUUCGCGGUCGGGAUCACCGCCUGCUCGAGCGCCGAGGCGAGAGCGAGCGGCAUGAAAGGCGUCGGUGUCACGCUCGUGCACGCGUACGGCGACGCGUGUUGGGCACUUGGGGAUAAGAGCUCACCAAGCAAAUCGUUUUCAACUUCGAGAAUAUAUCCAGACGGUGAGGACGCACCGGUGGAGGUGACGAGACCGCCGACAGAGAAGAUUGAAGAGAAAUUGCGCGCUCUGAACGUCGCCGAAGACGAGGCGAAUGGUGAGCUCGAGUUCGACGUGAGCACGCCUGAUAAGAUGGACGCAAUGUUCGAGCGGUGCUUUGCGAUGGGACUCAAUAAAGUGACGGACGCAGAGUUACCCAUGCGAUGCGAGACGUUUUAUGCAAAUUUUGUCCUCCCAUCGAGACCAGAGGGCGUGCAGCUUGAUCUCAAGCACUCGACGUUCAAGAAGCAGGCCAAGUUAUUUCACGUCAUGGAGAAAAAGGUCGGAAUCAUCAAGACAAAGCUCGUGCACAAAAUUGAGAACGUUGCUUCCGUGAAUCGCGAACAUGCGUUGCUUGCCAAGUAUGCGGUGAAUACAGAAACAUCGGACGCAUGCGGCGAUGAGGCAGCGACGCCCGCGAUAUCCCUCACCGCGGCAACGAUCGACGUGAGCAAGGCAUAUCGCGCGUCAACGAUGUAUCGUCCGAUCUUCGGCGAGCAGGCGUUGCAAAACAAGGAUCGAUUGUAUAGUAAAUCAGAGGCGCGCGUCGCGCUCGGCGCCUAUGUCAAAGAGCACGGCUUAGGCGACGGCUCCCCGGGCAGCGAGAUCAAGCUCGACCUCUUGCUCGGAAAAGAAUUGUUCAACAAGAAGGAGGAGUGGUACGGAACGGACAAAUCUUACCCGAUCGACGACCUGUUCGAUCGUCUGAUGGGAAAGCUCCAGCCGCAUACCAUCGUGCGUUCGACGCGCGACGGCGAAACUCUCGAGUACGUCAAGAAGGGUUCCAUCAAGCCCAUACACAUAAAAGCCGAGGAUCGAGGUCGGCGCAAGUAUAUCACGCGCGUCAGCGGUCUGGAAUCGUUUUGCAUAUCGCCCGAGGAUUUCUCUCUGGUGCUCAAGCGCGAGUUCAGCGCCGCUGUCUCGAUUGAGGAUCUCCCAGGUAAGCAAGAGCACGGAAAAGAGCUUUCCAUCCAGGGGCACGUCGUGAUUCAACUUUGCGAUCUCUUGCGGGUCAAGCUCGGUGUGCCGGCCAAGUACAUCGACGCACAGAAUUAA